ACUCCUGCAUUUCUCUCUUUUCCCAAUUGUUUGAAAAGUGGGAGGAGGGAGCGAGAAGGAAUCUGUCAUAGUGGAAAACUUAUAAAUCCACCCACUUUGACUUAAACCUCUGCAGACACCUGAGCUGAGAGAGAGAGAGCGAGGAAAGGCGAAAGCUCUGCUCAGCUGAGAAUACACAACAGAGACUCUCUGAAGACCACCAGAGACCCCCCCUAUACCACCACACGUAGAGGACCAAUGACCUGUCCUCUUCUCUCUCUAUAGACACAUCUACUGGAAUACUGCAGACAGCUCAUCACGGCCAUUUAGUCUGACAAUGGGAGUCAAACUUGGAGAUAACAAGUCUCGACCCAGGUCCAUCAGCAGCUGCUGCAAGGGGAUCUUCAACAACAUCAAGGUUUUUGUACUUUGCCACGCUCUGCUGCAGCUCUCUCAGCUCCUGUACAGUGCUUACUUUAAGAGCAGUCUGACUACAAUUGAGAAACGCUUUGGCCUCUCCAGCUCUUCUUCUGGUCUUCUCUCCAGUAUCCAUGAGAUUAGUAAUGCCGUGCUGAUAAUCUUCGUGAGCUACUUUGGAUGUCGGGUUCAUCGACCUCGUGUUAUUGGUAUUGGAGGUUUACUACUAGCCCUAGGGACAUUCCUACUGACAGUACCACACUUCCUCUCAGAAAAGUAUCAGUACACAUCCCUGGAAAAUGGAAAUAAGACUCUACAUGAACUAUGUACAGGAGAAAACAGAACUUCAUUUUGUCCAAAGACACAAGGCCACCAAACACCACCAACAAAAAACAUUCAGUCCACUAAUAUGUGGGCAAUAAUGGUUGUAGGACAACUACUGGCUGGCAUUGGCACUGUUCCCAUACAACCAUUUGGCAUCUCCUAUAUUGAUGAUUUUGCAGAACCAAACAAUUCUCCUUUGUAUAUUGCCAUACUGUUUGCAAUAUCAGUGUUUGGUCCAGCGUUUGGCUAUCUUCUGGGUUCCAUGGUCUUAAGAAUGUUUGUUGACAUUGGCAGAACUGACCUUGGGGAUGUGGACAUUAACCCAGCAGACCCUCGAUGGAUAGGGGCUUGGUGGUUAGGUCUACUCGUAGCAUCUGGAUGUCUUGUGAUUACGUCCAUUCCUUAUUUUUUCUUCCCAAGGAAUAUGACAACAAAUAAGAAAUCAAAUACAGAGGAGAACGUUCUGAGAAAACUCCCGGAUGCAACCAAUGAGGAAAGUUCUCUAUCCGGUUUUAUAAAAAAGUUCCCAAUAUACUUUGUGCGUAUGCUCAUGAACCCGCUCUUCUUGAUCCUGGUCCUGUGUCAGUGCAGUUUUUCAUCGGUCAUCGCUGCCUUGUCUACCUUCCUCAACAAGUAUCUAGAGAAGCAAUAUGGAUCCAGCACUUCAUAUGCCAACUUUCUGAUUGGUGCUAUAAAUUUGCCAUCUGCUGCGGUAGGAAUGCUCAUUGGAGGAAUCAUAAUGAAGAAGUAUUGUUUCUCUGCCAAGACUAUUCCUCGCUUUGCAUUGACUGUUCUACUUUCCUCAAUUCUGCUCUGCGUACCUCUGUUCUUCAUGGGCUGCCCAACACAGAAGCUGGGAAGCUUAACCAGCAGUACAAAUAUGACUUGCAUCCAGCAAUGUGCUUGCCCAGAACAAGCUUUCCACCCAGUGUGUGGGUCUGAUGGAGUGGAAUACCUGUCUCCCUGCCACGCCGGAUGUAGUGCUUUCAAUACUUCAUUAUCGGUAUAUAUAAACUGCUCGUGCAUGAGUGAUAGUUUCCUGGCGGGAACAGCACGGUCGGGAUCCUGCCCUGUUAACUGCGCCCACCUCCUACUUCCUGUAAUAUUCCUCAUCUCAUUUGCUGCACUUGUUGCCUGCCUGUCUCAUAAUCCUCUUUACAUGAUGGUCUUAAGGGUGGUACCUCAGGAUGAAAAAUCAUUUGCAAUUGGAGUUCAGUUUCUUCUUAUGAGACUUUUGGCAUGGCUGCCAGCCCCAGCGAUCUUUGGACUCAUCAUUGAUUCCACCUGUAUACAGUGGUCUACCUCCUGCAGCCAGGAAAGAGGAGCAUGUCGAUAUUAUGACAAUGACCUUCUGAGGAGCAGGUACCUUGGUCUCCAGAUGGGAUACAAAGGCUUGGGUGUACUGCUGCUUAGUUGUAUUGCCUGGAAAGUAAAGAGGAGCAGAGAAUACAACUUACAAGAGAAAAAUUCCGGAGUGGCAUAGCCUCUCUCCUCCAUAGCUCAGGCUGCUGGAUGAAAGCCUUUUGACUUUCCUUGAAACUGUAUUCCUCAGGGGCCCGGACACUGCAGACUCUGCCAGGGGCCCUCUUAGUAAUGCAAAUUACAUAGCUGAAGAUCAGCCGGGCAGGACUUAUAAAACAAGCUGUCCAACUACAGUCAGGAAAACCCAAGUUCACCUGGUGGAGAAGAUACAAGUGCCCAAUCCACGGCUGCACAGACGUACAAGUAAAAAUUGCACUCACGUUCACCAAUAUGUAUGCAUAUAUAUCACUUAUGCCUCCUAAUCCUGCUGCUGUACAUAGAAGAAACCAUGGUGCUGGAGCCUGGGAGUGAUGGACUCGGAUCAGACUGGAGUAUGGAUACCCGGCAUAGCAUUAAAAAAACACACUUUUUUUUUUUUUUUACGGUAUUUAAUCUGCCGCAAGCAUUUUUCGUACAAGUUUUGAGCAUUUUGAGGUUGAAUAGUCCAAUGCUAUUAUCAUACUGCAGGGCGUCAUUCAGUUUCCAGAGGUCAAACUGGAAUAUCUGGGCUGGGCUGUAACCGAAUCAGAGAAUGUAAAAGGAAGAGCUUGAGUUGGGAUAUUAUGAAAGACAGAUGUGCGACUUGUAUUCGAUUCUUUAUCGACCAGCAGAAGAGAGCACUUUCUCCAUGAUCACAAUCUUAGAGAGUGCAGGGAGGAGCCUUAUUGUGUUGCUGUAGAUGGUGUGAAUGGAAUCAAGAAGCUUGAUACAUUAAAGGGGUAUUCCCCUGGAAAACAUUUUUAUAUAUAUAUAUAUAUAUAUAUAUAUAU